AUGUCAUCCUCAGUCACAGGAUUCUCCCCGUGGCGGAAGAGGGCUUCCAGCCUCGCCUCGCAGACGGACCAGUUGCAUCAUGAUCGCACAGAUGCAGCGAGCCACGCCGAGAGCUCCAUGCUGGAGGCCGGGAAUCCUUCCCACCAGCAGCUGUCUUCCUCUGUGGGAUCUGCGCAAGGCUACCGGGAGCCGAUUCGCUCCUUCAUCCAUGCCUCGCUACGAGACCAAUUGGUCCCGGUAGACAGCGCGCAGAAUGCGAGGAGUGUUCGCGAAGACACCGCCGAGCUGGCUCGAUACCUGCUCUCCGAUGGCUCAGCUCAGCGUCGCCCAAGCUUUCUUCAGAGGGGCAGACCGUCGCUUAACGAAGUUUUCGGGCCAGAGUUUGCAGAUGCCGAUUCCAUCGAGGGAAGCAUACGGCGCUCAUCGGGGACCAUACCCGAAGUUACUGAGCCGCCGUCGCCGGAAGAUGGAGAGCACGGUGCUCAGGCAACGGGCGAAGAUGGGCCUUCUGCGCUCGCCAAUCUGCUCAAGAACUCCUCUCCCCCAUCCUCGGUAUCAGAACAAGCAAAGAUCCCGCCACCUCGAUUCGAGAAUCUCGAAGCUGGACAUUCUCAACCCUCAGAUAUCGACGAGAUACAGCAGCGGCCAGAGACAAGGGAGGCGGAGGCUUCAGAGUACACCCCUCUCCUCGAGAGGCCGAAUCUUGGGUCGGGGACCAAUAGCAGCAUCGACAUUGAAGGACAAAAGUCGUCGGCUAGAAAAAGGUGGCUGCAUGGAGUCACUGAACAGGGCCGGAAAGUAGAGCGUCGCCUUGUUCAGUUCGCGAAAGUAGCAUCCUGUCCGAGUCGCUGGAAUCGAAAGGCCAUCUGGGAGACCGCCGUGGUGGAGCCUGUUUCUUGCCUUCCGGCCGUCGCCGUGGGCUUGCUCCUGAAUAUCUUGGAUGCCUUGUCGUACGGCAUGAUCUUGUUUCCACUCGGAACUCCUCUAUUUUCUCAUUUGGGGUCUGCUGGCAUUUCCAUCUACUACGUCAGCACCAUUGUUGCGCAACUUGUCUUCUCCACAGGCAGCAUAUUCAAGGGUGCUGUGGGAUCUGAGCUGAUUGAAGUUGUUCCCUUCUUCCAUAAUAUGGCAGCCAAAAUCCUGGACAUCGUAGGAGAAGAGAACCCCGAUGCAGUCAUCGCCACGACUAUUGUCGCCUAUGCCAUGAGCUCUAUGCUGACAGGCUUGGUGUUCUACCUUAUGGGCCGCUUCAAGUUUGGAUUCAUGGUCGGAUUCAUCCCCCGGCAUAUCCUGAUAGGAUGCAUUGGAGGCGUCGGUUGGUUCCUGAUAGCUACCGGUUUCGAGGUCUCGGCCCGACUGGAAGGUAGCCUCGAGUACGACCUUGAUACGUUGCAAAAGCUCAUGGAGACCAAGACAAUACCCCUUUGGAUCUGUCCUCUUAUUCUGGCCAUUAUCUUGUUCUAUGGCCAGAUGAAAGGCGCAUCCAAGUAUUUCCUUCCCCUGUUCAUAUUGGCCAUUCCUCUGGUCUUCUACCUUUUCGUCUUCUCGCUUGACGUCCUUGAACCGAGCACGCUCCGGGAUCACGGCUGGAUUUUCGUUGGGCCUCCCCCAGAUGAGCCUUGGUGGUACUUUUACACAUUGUAUCAGUUCCAUCUGGUACACUGGGGAGCAAUCAUCGAAGUCAUCCCUGCCAUGUUUGCUUUGACAUUCUUUGGCAUCCUCCACGUUCCGAUCAAUGUUCCUGCAUUGGCACUCAAUUCUGGGGAGGACAAUGCCGACUUGGACAAAGAAUUGAGGCUCCAUGGAUACUCAAACUUCCUUUCAGGAUGCCUUGGCAGCAUUCAAAACUAUCUCGUCUAUGCCAAUACCGUUUUCUUCUUGCGAUCAGGAGGCAACAAGCGCCUUGCCGGCUACUUGCUCGCGCUUCUCACAUUCGGCGUUAUGAUCAUUGGCCCCAGCAUCAUUGGUUGGAUCCCAGUGAUGAUGGUUGGAACGCUCAUUUUCGAUCUCGGAUUUGAACUACUGCUUGAGGCAGUAUGGCUUCCACGAAAGAAGCUCAGGCCUGCAGAGUAUAUCACUGUCAUCAUCAUUGUCCUAGUCAUGGGCAUCUACGACUUUGUAGUGGGCAUCGGCGUUGGCAUCCUGUUGGCGUUUGUAUCGCUCACUAUCCAGACAUCGAGGGUAUCGGCCAUUCGAGCCAUCUAUGAUGGUGAAGUCGUUACCUCGACGGUCAGACGCAAUCCGUCACAAGACAGCUACCUGCAGCGGGUUGGCCGUCAAAUACACAUCAUGAAGCUCACGGGGUUCUUGUUCUUUGGCACCGUCGUUAGCGUGGAAGCCAAGAUUCGCGAGCUUUUGGAGGAGCACACGUUUGCCCAGAAGCCGAUCAAGUUCCUCAUUCUCGACAUGUGGCAUGUCACGGGACUUGACUACUCUGCAGGCGAAGCUUUCAACACAAUCAGCCGGUUGUUGAAUAACAAAGGAGUGCACCUCAUCCUGAGUGGCCUGGAUGCCGAUAGCGAACUUGGCCGGAAUCUUAGGGCGGUGGGGCUGGGAAGCGGUGGAAUCGAGGUCAUGAUGCUGCCGGAUCUGAAUUCGGCGCUGGAAAGCUGUGAAAACGAGUUACUCAAGACGCUCUAUGCCCAGCAAGAGGAGCUGAGCACGGCGAAGCAGGCCACCGCCAAUCUGGACGUGCCCACAACCUCGACGACAUUGGACUCUUUCGACCCGCCAUUCAACUCCCCACGCCGCAACCACCUUGUUGAAGCGGCGUAUGACGCACUCAACAGCGUCGACAUCCAGCGCAGAUCAAGAUGGCAGAGCUUUAACGAACCUCUCCGACUGAUGCUGCAAAUCUUCCAGGGGCUGAGCGACAAGAAUGAAGACUUUUGGUUCCAAGCAGCCUCGUACUUUGUACGCAAGGACUACGCCGCCGGCACGGUCCUCUUCAGGCGCGGCGAGCCCGCGGACGGCUUCUACCUCCUCGAGCGCGGCAUCAUCCGCGCAGAGUACGACCUUCCCCAGGGCCGGCUCUGCGAGAGCAUCGUGGCGGGGACCACGCUGGGCGAGCUGCCCUUCUUCUCCGAAACCAGCCGGACGGCGACGGCGCAGGUCGAGAGGGAUUGCACCGUCUGGGUCAUGGACACGGAGGCCUGGAAGAGGCUGCAGCAGAAGGAGCCGGAGAUUGCGAGGGAGUUUUUGAAGAUUUCGCUGAAGCUGACGAGUGAGCGGAUGAGCGCCAUCACGUCGUAUAUCUUGACUACGGCUGGUUGAGCACUCUCCUCCGAGUCUUGCGAGGAAAGAACUGGAUUUGGAUACUAAUAGCUACCGGAUGGUUUAAUAUGCAUUGUCAAAAUUUG